UGUUACACGUUCGCCUCAGCUACUUGUGAGUUUAGCAAGUGCACUAUGUCUGGACGCGGAAAACAAGGCGGCAAGGCUCGCGCCAAGGCUAAGACUCGGUCUUCUCGCGCUGGACUCCAGUUCCCCGUGGGCCGUGUGCACCGCCUGCUCCGCAAAGGCAACUAUGCCGAGCGGGUUGGGGCCGGCGCUCCGGUAUACCUGGCGGCGGUGCUGGAGUACCUGACGGCGGAGAUCCUGGAGCUGGCGGGCAACGCGGCCCGCGACAACAAGAAGACGCGCAUCAUCCCGCGCCACCUGCAGCUGGCCAUCCGCAACGACGAGGAGCUCAACAAGCUGCUGGGUAAAGUCACGAUCGCGCAGGGCGGCGUCCUGCCCAAUAUCCAGGCCGUACUGCUGCCCAAGAAGACUGAGAGUCAUCACAAGGCUAAAGGCAAAUAGAAGCCAAGAGUAAUUUUCAGCAGUCCCAGUGAACUAAUCGAGUCCAAACCAAAGGCUCUUUUCAGAGCCACUCACAUUUACUGGAAAAGAAUGUAACAUUCUACGUGGGGGCAGGGGAGAAGUAAUAGAUUUAAUGUCGGAAAAAUAGGGGUUAGAACAGGUUUCCCCCCGGGUCCCUGUUUAAAGUGAAACGAGGUAUUUAAAGUUGGAAGCCCAGGUAACAAAAAAUAAACCACGUGUUAGAAUCUGUGAGCAGAUCCAUUAGGGCCUGUUUAAUCUUUCCACAGGCAGCCAUUAGUUUCCUCAGUUUUAAGUAGAUACAAAAGAAGCUGUGGCUAGAAUUUGACAGCUCAUAAACCCACUGGCGGCAAGGCCGCCGGCAAGAGCCCGCCGGCCACACUGACUGCGUGAAGAAGCCGCACCGCUAUCGGCCCGGCACCGCGGC